AUGCGAGCAGUGCAUCCGUACAAAAUCUCGCUGCACGUUGACGAAGCCCAAAUACUCUUCAUCCACGCUAAUCAAACGCAGGCAAGCCUGAAAACUGCAAAUAAUCUCCUUGCAUCUGCACAAGCCUUUGUGAUCUAUGCGAUUCUAUGCUUGUUUCCCGAUGAAAACUCUGUGCAAUACGAAAUCAACGAGGAAAAGCUCAUCUUAGAUAUCUCUGAGAUUUCGCUGCGGCUUGCAUCCAGCGGUUUGGCUUUGCACGAAGAAACAACUGGCGAGGGCAAAAUUUCCCAAUGGCACGACUGGACAAUGAUGUCGGCGAAGAGGCGUACGAUACUAACUAUUUAUAUGCUGACUUGGGCAUGGUCCGUUUGGCGUAAUUAUCCUUCCUUUUACUGCCAUGAACUACAGUUGAUGCUUGCACCGUCUCCGAAGGCACUUUGGCAAGCCCCGACGGAGACAGAGUGGCUACCGCUGUACCAGAAGUGGUUUCAGAAGUGGGGGGGAGAUGGGUACAGGAUUGGAGAAUUGCUUUCAAUUUCGCCAAAGCACAUCGUAGACAGGAGGACAGAGGAUUGGUUAGAAGAGGUUGAUGAAUUCGGCAUGUUGUUAAUGUCACAAGUAAAUGGUAUAUAA